AAGAAAACGCAUCAUAAAAAAUUCCCAAUUCAAUAAACGGAGAAGCGAAAAUGAACAAAUGAAAUCGUACAAAUACGAGGACUCAAUUUCACUUGAACUUACGAAAAGCCUCUUCCUUUUACGGCUCCCCUCUCUCUCUCUCUCUCUCUAUCUCACAGAUGGUAAGGGGAGGGAAGGUUGUUAGCAAGAGAAACCCGAAGAAAAGGGCGAAGGCUAGAGACCAAGGUUCUGACGAUUCGGAUGAGGAUUAUGUAGUUUCUGAUGAAGAAACCGAUGCAUCUGAGGAUGCUGUGGGUGAACUAGAGGUGUCUGCAUUAGAGGAUGGUUUUGAUGCUUUCGUGGAAGAUGAGAAUGAGGAGGAGGAUGAGGAUGAGAACGAUGAAGAUUAUGAUGGCAAUGGUAUGGAUGGUGCUGACGACGAUGACGACGUGAAUGAUGAUGAUGAUGAUGAGGAGGAGGAGGAGGAGGAGGAGGAGGAGGAGGAGGAGGAAGAUAUGAAAAAGGUUGUCAAUUCAAAAUCAAAACCAAAAUCAGGGUCCUCCAGACCGAGGAAAGCUGGGAAUAGCAUAUCACUGAAGAAAGGUAGUGGUUCGUUUGAAGAAGAUGACGAGGAAUAUGACGUGAACGACGAGGACGAUGAGGAAGAUGAUGAUGAAUUUGCGCCAGAUGACGAUGACUAUUUGGAUGAUGAAGAUGAUUCUGUGGCUAAGACGAGCUACAGGAGUAAAGUGAACGCCACAAGGAGGAAGUUGGGUAGAAGUGGAUUGCGGAGAAAGGUUUCUAGAGGUCAUAGAAAGAGGAAGAAAUCAUCAACUUCAAGAAACCCUUCAAGGAAGAUGGGAAGGAAGCGUUGCGUGGUACAAAAGAACCCCAAAUCUGCUGACGACCACGGCGACAGCGACGAUGAGGAUGAUGUUGAUUUUGUAGGGAGGCACAAUGUUUGGAGAGAAAAAAGGAAGAAUAUAUGGGGAAGAAGAAAGAGGAGGUACGUACCAUCGUCGGAUUCAGAUUUUACGAGUUCUGGGUCAUCUGGUUGUGACUAUACUAUUUCCGAGGAAGAGAGAGAACAGGUGAGAGAAGCUAAUGAGUAUUGCGGGAACUUGAAACCUUCCUUGAGGAACUCAUUAUCUUCCAAGAGACUUAAGAAGGUUGGAUGCUUUUCUUUGAGAAGUUCAUCUAUCACUAAUGGGACGAAAGAGAAUCAUGAUCCAGAUCAACAGACAAAGCCUAGUGGGAUAAAGGGAAAAGAGAAGGUAGAAGAACUAAACAUUGGAAAGCAAGUCUGUGGAAUUUGCCUGUCAGAAGAGGACAAACGAAGGGUUCGAGGAAGAUUAGACUGCUGUAGUCAUUAUUUCUGUUUCAAAUGUGUCAUGGAGUGGUCAAAGGUGGAAACUCGUUGCCCUUUAUGCAAACAGAGAUUUCGUACCAUCAGUAAACCUGCGAGAUCAACUGCAGGAAUAGAUCUAAGAGAUGUGGUGAUACCAGUACCAGAGCGGGAUCAGGUCUAUCAGCCAAGCGAAGAAGAAAUUAGGGGUUAUCUUGAUCCGUAUGAGAAUGUAAUUUGUACAGAGUGUCAACAAGGCGGGGAUGAUGGUCUUAUGCUUUUAUGUGACCUCUGUGAUUCUCCAGCACAUACAUACUGUGUUGGUCUUGGGAGGGAAGUACCCGAAGGCAAUUGGUACUGCGAUGGCUGCAGACCCGUUGCCCUUGGAUCUUCAAGUUCUCCGGCUCAAGAUGCUUUGCCCAAUCAAAGGACGACAAUGAGUUUGUCUAGCAGACUGUCACCCACUGUCAAUGCUGUGGCAAGCUUUGACCUCAAUGUGGCUCCUUCACCCCAUCCAUCAUAUAAUUUAGGAUAUGGGAAUAUUCAGUCUCCUAGGUUUCCUGGUGGAUUCAGCCAAGCGACACCACCGCUCUCUGGAGCAGGAGCUCCCACACUAUCGGGAAGGAGAUGGCUAUUUCGUCAGAUUCAGCAGAUGCGCUCGGCAAAUAGACCAAGUCCUGUGGCUGUAAGAGCAGACGGAACAACUUCUGCUAGUAUUCAGUAUGGACCACUAAAUUUUAUUGAUCAGGGUAGGCAAAUGGGAUCUCAUCAUACAGCUCCAGAAACAAGAGAGUCCUAUGUUAACCUAUUCGAAGACAAAGCACAGGAAAAUCAGUUACCGUUGGUUCGAAGUAGGGAUAGCUUUGAUUUGGGAGCAGGUCACUUGAGAAGGCAAGCAGUCAAUGACCAUGACCUUGCUUUUACCCCUCCAACUCUCGGUACUUCAGGCCGGGCACUUUUGGACGAAUGUGCAGGAAUGAACUCAACUACAGUUCCUGACCAGCAUCAUCAGUCCAGCAGCCGAUCCAGCCUCGUUUCUGAUGGGGCUGCAUCUCCUUAUGCAGGAAGAGAAGAUAGCCAUUUUCGUAGAGCAAAAGAGGAAUUGCAAUCGACGGUCAAAAGCCAUUUGAAAAGCCUUUCGAGAGAAAUUGGUUUAGGUCCUGGUGAGUUUAAGGAAAUAGCGAGGUGUUCCACUCAUACCGUCUUGGCUGCUUGCGGCCUUGAGCACAGGAGGAGCGAGGUCUACGCGAUCCCUCCGCUGUCCGUUUGUUCCCACAUAGACAAAAUAGCAACUGGACAGACAAGUCUGAUGAGAGGAGUUUGCUCGACGUGUUUCGAUGUUUUCGUCAGAGAUGUCACCCAAAACGUAAUGAACACAAGACUACCACCACGUUGGCUAAGUUUAGGUCUUUAGGAAUUGAUAAACAUGGGCUGCCUCUUUCUGCACGUCCGUCCUUUUCUUUUGGGGGAUUUAUAGAUGAUAAGUAGGGGGAUUUUUGUCCAUACUGAUACUAGACUGACAGUCCAUGGUCCCUAGAGGAUCCAUUUUUCUGUGAUUACAUUGAUGAUAUUUAUUUUUGGCUGAAGGGGUCCUAUUCUUGGAAA